AUGGCUGCCAGUUCACACACAGAGUCUGCUAUAAGCCGAGAGGGAUUCACACCCUCAGAGGUUCCAAUGCUAGCCUUUGGUUUUUGCUUGGGUGCAAUUUUGGGAUUUAUCGCUUGGUACCUUAUGUAUUUCUACAUGCUUAAUUUUGUAUUCCCUCGAAUCGAUGGAGUGCAGGCUCAGGAGAUUCUCCAGAGAGAUCGUAGGAACUCCGGAGUCGAUGAUUAG